GAGGGACAAAGAGAAAAGAGAGGAGAGACUCACGAAAGUACUCAUAGGAAAUUCCAUGAGCAGUAUUGUCAACAAAGCUAGAGAACAAGGGACGUUGGGGAAAUCAAGGUCCACAGAGGAGGAGAGUAACACACAGGACCCCUCCAUCGAUUCACCUGGACACUUGGAGGUUUCAAAGAGGCAGAGAGGAGCCGAAGUGACAGUAAACAGGAGCAAACACACACAGGACAGGACUCUUUUAUUUCUCUUCAUGGUGGUUUGGACACUCAUAGUAUGUAUGAGAAGUUAACCAUGCUGAACCUGCAGAGUGGCUCAAACUGGAGCGGGCCUAACAACUGGUACCAUGACCCCACCGGCGUUCAGACGCAACACAGCACAGUGUCUGAGGGCUGUCUACUGGACACAGAGGGCAGCAUGGGGGGUGAGGCAGGGGGAGGAGGUUCGGGCAGGGGGGGAGGAGUCCCCGUGGAGCGGGACGAGGGUGAGGAGUCUCAGCUGAGGUUGCAGCUCAAGAGGAAGCUGCAGAGGAACAGGACCAGCUUCACACAGGAGCAGAUCGAGGCGCUGGAGAAAGAGUUUGAAAGGACACAUUACCCAGAUGUUUUUGCACGGGAGAGACUGGCAAAUAAGAUUGAUUUACCUGAAGCCAGGAUACAGGUGUGGUUUUCGAACCGGAGAGCUAAAUGGAGGAGGGAGGAGAAGCUGCGCAACCAAAGGAGGUCAGGCGGUGUGACUUCCUGUUCACAGAGCCAAGCCCCUCUGAGCACUUCCUUCAACACGUCUGUCUAUCAUCAGCAGCAUGGCAGCAGUUCAGGGUCCAUGUUGAGUCAGGCUGAGUCGUCCCUGCCCAGCUACAGCUCGCUGUCGGUUUUCUCAUCCGGAGUCCAGUCAAUUCCUCCCCAGUCGGCCUCCUCCUACUCCUGCAUGUUACCUCCAUCCCCCUCUGCACCGCGCAGUUUUGACUCAUCGGCAUACUCCUCCCCCCACCUGCAGACCCCACCUUCCGCCAACUCCAAUACAGGGCUCAUAUCGCCCGGGGUUUCAGUGCCAGUCCAGGUCCCAGGAACUGAGCCGCAAAGCAUGAGUCAGAACCUGGGUCAAUACUGGGCUAGAUUACAGUGAGCUCUAGACAAUCGCUGACUAGUAAAUGAAGAAAAAGGGAUGGGGGUUUGCGGGGGUGAGGGCAUGUAAAAAAAAAAAGUGUCAUAAAAAUAAUAUUUGGACACGGGUAUUAAGGAAGCAGGGGGUUGAACUGUGAAGAAGCCUCGAUGGGUUGCAGACCUUGAAAUGCAUUAAAUGUUUACAAUUCCAGCCAAGAGCAGCUUUGGUUGCACUUAACAGUAUUCUGGUCAUACUGGUAUUAUCUAAGUAUUAACAGGUUGCACAACUUUCUGGGUGCUGUGUUAAUGUUACAGCUGAGAUUAGGAAUGGGAUCCAUCUAAAUUAGGUGAAAGAUUAAAAUAAGUUCAGGACUGAAACUUUUAAAAUUUAACCAUGUUUAAUUCUGUUAUUUUUAACAUGUUUAAUUCACAUUUUUGUUUUUAUUUUUGUACAUUUCCUUACUCAAAACAAAUCUAUGGGAAUAAGACCGGACACAUCUGUUACAAAUCCAUGUAUCAUGAGGUGAAAAGACUUUUUUGUUUUCAUUAUUUUGUCAGGCAAGUUCUUAGUGACAAACUAGUGCUUUUAGGUUUGAACUAUAGAGUAUUCAGUAAGUUCAUCAGACAUUUCUCUUAGCUUUGAGAAAUCCAGAAUCCAAUUUCAGAAAUCCAGAUUGAACGCAACAUUUUUACUCGUGCAUGCAGAGCAAAUUAUUUCUAAUCAUUGUGCAGAAAAAUGCAGUUCAGCAGUACUAAGUAAAUGCCAGCAGAUGUCAGGAGUAUUGUGAAGUGUAACCAUAGUUUCUUGUUACUUGAGCAGCUCAGUGAUAUUGUGAUGACUAGCUUGUUCCCUAAGCAUAAGCUGUGUGAGGCUACUGUGAAGAUUUUAGACUCGCUUAUGGCUAUCACUUGUACUAAAACUCUAAAAACUUACCAUAAAAAAGUGUAAAUCCUGUCUAUCCUGCCAGCACUGAAGCCUCAUAUUUUUGUACAGACAUCUGUUGUAUGAUGAAGAUAUCUGUGGAUUAUUGUCAGAUGUUAUUAGAGGGAAGAAUGUAGCACACUGUGGACUCCGAUCAAAGCACAAGUUGAAUUUGUCAGAAUAAAGCUGUUGCCCUGGCAACUUUGAUAGCAUAUAACGACUAACACUCAGCUAAUCAUGAAAAAUAAACGUUGAUCAAAUGUUACAGAUUUACAUACAUUGCAGAUUUUUGACAACUACAGUAAAGCAGCUUAUUUCCUCUACCCUAUAUUUUAUAUACAUGUGGACAAAUGUUUUAUCCAGUCAAUCCAAAACAAGAAGAAAAAAAAACUAACACAAAAAACAAAAGCAGCUUUGUAACAGGAUGAGAAAUGAUACAUAAUGAGACUGACAGGGAUUUCUUAUACUUAUUUGUCAAGUUUAAUUUGUACAUCACUAAUGAAACUUUUAUACCAAUGACAAUCACGCAUCCUUUCACACCAAACAAAAACCACCAAAUGCAAGCACUCUUGAGACUGACAAUCAAAGCUGGAGGAAGAGGAGUUACAAAUGAAUAAAACUGUGAAAUUACUGCAACACUGUCCACACAACAGCCAUGACCUUUAAUGGUGCAUGACCAAAAGAAGGCGCUAUUGACAAUCAGCUACUUGCAGAAAUGAAUCAAAUGUUGUACAGCUGCCGUUAUUGUACUUUGCAGAGCUUUAAGCUCUGCUCACUUUCCUCUGACUAUUGGUUCUGUUGAUGCAUCUCAUAUAAAAUGUCUUUCAGCUCUUAUUUAACUGUCUUUUCACUUGUUCACAUGUCAUUUGUGUUGUUGUUUUUGUUGUUGUCUCGUGUUGUGUUAGUACUGUAUAGAUACCAAGAGUCAACCCUUUUGUGAAGGCCUUGGAUCCCUUUAAUGAAAAUAAAAAUUGUGUGU